AUGACCGACCUAACGCCAACACUAAACACCCUCCUCUCCGCCAAAAAUGGACGGCCCAUUCCACCCCCAUCAAGCAGGACUCCAUCAACCGAGGUCGCAGACGAGUUCCUCAAGGAGGCCCAUCGCAUCAACUCCCACAUAACCUCCCUCCUAAAAUACCUCCACUCAAUCCGCCACGCCUACCUAACAACAACUGCCAACCCCCGCCGCCAAACCAAAGACACACCCACAUCCACAUCCUCAAUCUCCAUCUCCACCACCCCCUCCCACCACCAAACAAACCUCACCGACCCGGAACGCGAUGAAAUCGACACCUCAACAGCCCUCCUCCUCCGCGACCUCGCAACAUCCAUAACAAACCUCUCCUCCGCCGAAACCCUCCGCCAAGAAACCUCCGCCUCCAUCCUGCGCAAGAAAUACGGCCACAGCGCCGCAGGCGCACUCCUCUGGCGCUGGGCCGGGGGCGGCAGCGCCCUCGACGAGAACGCGGCGCAGGAGGGUAAAUCCGCGGAGCAGAUUGAGGCGGAGGAGAAGGCGAAGAGCAUUGCUGGUGUGCGGGAGGGGGUGCUUUGGUUUUUGAGGAGGGGGUUGGAUGGGGUUGCGGGUGUGCAGAGGGGGAUGGUGGAGAAGAGGAUUGAGAGGGCGAGGGAGAGGGAGAAGAGUGUUUUGUAUAAGAGUGCCGGUGGUGCUGCUGGUGCUGGCGGUGCGGGGAAGGGUGGGGAUGUGUCUAGGACGGUGGAUGUUUCGACGUCGAUGCAGGCGCCUGAUGCGACGGUGUUGAGUGAGGCCGAGACGGCGCGGAUCGAGGCGCAGUUAUCUCCGGAGCAAUUGCAGUUGUUUGCUGAGGAGAAUGAUACCAUGUUGAGGCAUUAUGAGGAUACUUUGGGGAAAGUACAAAAUGCAGAAAAAUCCCUCUUGGAAAUAUCCUCCCUCCAAGAAACCCUCGUCUCCCAUCUCGCCACACAAGAAGAGUACAUCUCACAAUUGGUCAGCGACGUGGACACGACGCAGAGCAAUGUGGGCCGUGGUAAUAAAGAGCUUAAGCGCGCGACGGAGCGCCGGAGUACGGCGCAAGCUGUGUUUUGGGGCACCGUUGGAUUGUGUACCUGGCUGGUCGUGUGGGAUCUAGUGUUUUAA